AUGGAUAACCAAAUAAACAAUAAUACCAACAGUAAUAAUAAUAAUAAUAAUAAUAAUAAUAAUAAUAAUAAUAAUAAUAAUAAUAAUAAUAAUAAUAAUAAUGAUACAAACAGUAAAAAUGAAAAAAUCGAGAAUAACAUGGAAACGGUCAAUAUUGAAGAAAUAUCCGCAAUAAAAAAAGGUGAAAAUAAUAAUAAUAAUAUUAAUAGUAACAGUAAUACUGAUGUUAAUAAUGAAAACAAAAAUAAUGAAAAUAGUAAAAUUAGAUCAACUAAUACCUCUCAAGAACAAACAUCUAGUACACCCCCACUGCUUUCACAGCCUUCACAAAAAAAUAUAAAGAUGUUCCCAUUAACUAAACAUCUAAGGAAUUUAGAUGAAAUUAAGAAAACACAGGAUGGUGGCGAUGAUAUCAAUGAUGAUGAAAGAGCAUUUUUAGCAGUUACACCCGAAAAACCAUUAUUUAAAUCAACAGAAAGAAUCAUUAGUAGUGGUGAAAUUGAAUUUUCAGAAUUUGAUGAAAAAGAUGAUAGUAGUUCAAGUAGUAGCAGUAGUGAAGAUGAGGCACCACCAGAGCAUUUUGUGCUUAAAUUUAGGGAGCACUCUAUGAGAGAGUUCGGGUAUGCACCAAAUAGAAAUGACGAAGAAAGCACCACUGAUGAAGAAACCAUCAUCGAAGAUAAUGAAAAUGCAUCACAAUUAAGAUCAUCCUCAUCUUUGUCAUCCUCAUCUACAAACACAACAAUGUCAACAUUAAGCGAGUCGAGAGAAUCAACAAAUGUAAAUAUCUCAGUAGAUUCAUCUCCAUCGAUUAAUUCACCAUUUUUAACUAUUUCUCCAAAGGCUCAAAGUCCACAGUUUGGUAAUUUCUCUACUCUAGAAAUUGUAAGAAAGAUUGGCGCACUAGAUUUAGACUCCAAAGAAAAUGAUGAGCCAGAUGGUGCAGAUAAAUUAGAUCAAAAUAAAAAUGAUGAAGCUAACACAUCCAUAGAAAUAACACCACCUCAACCAACAAAUAUUGGUGAAAACAAAACCACUUUUACAAAACUUAAUAUAACAACUGAAGAAGCCUCAGCAACAACUACAAUAAAUAAUAAUACCAAUACCAAUAAUAAUAAUAAUAAAAAUAAUAGUUCAAAUAUUUCAAAUUUAUUUACAAAUAUUAAAAAGAGUUUAAAAAAGAGUAGUGAUAAAAUAACACCUACAUCUACUAAUGAUACUGUAAUUACACCACCAAAUCCACCUCCACCUCCACCAACAAAAGAAAAACAGGGUUUUGAUAAAAUGAAAUCAAAUUUAACGGAAAAAUUAAGAUUUCAGAAGAAGAAAAUUCCAACAUCCAAAGAAUCUGUAACUAUUAAUAGUGGAUCUUCACAGACAAGUGGUACAAGCGAAUAUUAUAAGAAUCUAAUGGAGUAUUUAAAAGAAGAAGAAGAUUUUAGACCAAGUAUUUUACCACCUCCAUCAGCAGAUGAUGGUCAUGUGUUUUUAUUAUACGGAGAUUUAACAAAGUUAGUGUCGGAUAUCAGAAUGGUACCGUGCAGCCAUAAUGUUUAUUUUUUACAUACAAUCAAUCAUUGGUUAAAGGCUGAUUGGUCGGUAUUCCCAAGCAAUAUUAGAAAUAAAUUCCAAAAUUUAGUAAUUGAUUUUAGAGAUGGUAAAGAUAGAGUCUAUAAAAUUAAACACUGGCCAACCCAAUAUCCAAAUAUAUCGCAACCUUGGUUAUGCAAUGUAGUCCCGUUCAAAAGGAAUAAAGGCCCAGCAUGGUAUAUUAAAGGUGCAAUCGAUUUUUUAGAUAAAGUUGGAGAGGAUUUAAACGCCAACCAACCACCCAUCAAAAACAAUAGAGCAAAAUAUCUUGUUAGUUUACCAAUUUUAGGAACAGGUGGCGGUGGUGGUGGAGGUAUAGCAGGUGAAAUUUUAAAGAUGCUAAUGAAUGAACUAUAUGUUGCUGCAAGAAAGUGGAAAUACGAUGUUGUUUUGGUAACCAAUGAAAUUUCAAUGUAUACCGCUGCAAGAGAUAUAAGAAAGGACAUGAUGGAUUCAAACCCAACAUUCUCUUAUUUAUACGAUAAUCUUUUAGGUGAAGAAAUUAUGAAUAAGGCUGUUCAGUUAUCUAAAAUGUUGGAAGAAAAUAAAUUGGCAAUUUUUUUAGGCGCAGGUGCGUCAAGGUCAGCUGGUUUACCAACAUGGACAGGUUUACUGCAUAUGUUGGGUCAAAAGAUUGGUAUGAGUGAACAGGAAAUUCAAUUAAUGGAGCAAUUACAUCAUUUGGAUCGUGCAACAGUUUUAGAAACAAGAUGGAAAAGAGCAUUACAAAAAUAUUUAUCAGAAAACAUUAAAUCAAAUCCAACUGUCGAUGAGGACCUAAAUUUAAACAUUUUAUAUAAAAAAAAAAAAAAUAAUAAUAAUAAUAAUAAUAAUAAUAAUAAUAAUAAUAAUAAUAAUGAAAAUAAUAAAAAUAAAAAUAAAAAUAAAAAUAAUAGUAAAGAUAAAAAAGAUAAAAAGGAUACCAGGGAUAAUAAAAGUAACAAUAAAAAUAAAAAUAAUAGCAUAUCAGUUAAUAAUGAUAAUAAUAAUAAUAGAAAAUCAAAAAAUAUAGAUAUUAGUUAUUUUGAUAAAGAACAAGAAGAAUAUUUCCGAGAUUUAAGGAAUGAAUUAAACACUGGAAAUAAUGAAAAUAUAGAAAAGAUUCAAAAGAUUUAUAGUGAAAUUAAUGUUCCAAUGCAAACUGAAAUUGCAAAUUUAAUGACAGUAUCACAUGCUGGUUUACCACACUUUUUAUUAGCAUCGACACCAGUUCAAGAAAUUAUUACAACAAAUUAUGAUCAAUGUUUUGAAAUUGCAAGUAGAUCCAUAGGUAAAGAUUGUUCUAUUUUACCAUAUAACUCUGUUAGCAGAAAUAAAAGAUGGAUUUUAAAAUUACAUGGUUGUGUAUCAAAUCCCAAAGAUAUCAUAAUUACUAGAGAGGACUACAUUAGAUAUGGUGACAAAAACGAAGCUCUUUCUGGAAUAGUUCAAGCAUUACUCAUUACCAAACAUUUACUUUUUGUAGGCUUCAGUUUAUUAGAUGACAACUUUUAUCAAAUCAUGUCUGCAGUAAAGAGAGUAACAAGUAGUGAAAACGGUGAUAGACAAAAAAAGAAAUUUGGUACCGCUUUAUUUAUUCAAAAGAAUGAAUUAAUGAAUGAAAUCUGGGGUAAUGAAUUGGAUUUACUUUAUUUCGAUAACAGUUCAAGUUUUGACACCAUUGCUGCAUGUGCAAGAAAGCAAGAAAUAUUUUUAGAAUACCUUUCAACUAUAUGUAUAAAGAAUACCAAUCAUUUAAUGGAAAAAAGGUUUGACUGUCUACUAAAAGAUGGUGAAAAGAUAUUCAGGGAUCGUCUUAUUGAUUUCGUCAAUUCAUUACCAGUUGAGGCUGUUCAAUGCGAUGCUUUUAAAAAGUUUGAACAAUUUUUAGUUGAAUUAGGUUAUAAUAAUAGAUCACCAUAUUAA